GUAGACCUGACAAGACAGGACUUCCCUGCCGCCAUGAAAGACAUAGUCGAGGUGGUGGCCCUUUUUUUGGGCUUUGUGAGCUGGGUUUUGAUCUUUGUGUCGCUAGAGGACCAAUACUGGAAAGAAUCCACCACAGAGGGAAGUGUAAUCACAACCUCCACUAUCUAUGAGAACCUCUGGAUGUCUUGUGCAAGCGACUCCACCGGGAUUUACAACUGCAGAGACUUUCCUUCUCUUUUCGCGCUCCCAGGGUACAUUCAAGCGUCCCGAGCGCUGAUGAUCGCUGCCAUUGUGUUCGGGACCUUGGGUCUGGCGGCCACUCUGGUCGGAAUGCAGUGCUCCAAAAUAGGAGGAGAAAACUACGUGUUGAAAGGAAGGAUCGCCGCCGUAGGAGGAGUCCUGUUUAUACUCGAAGGGAUGUGCACCAUGAUUGCGGUGUCCUGGUACGCCGCCAACAUCACUCAGCAGUUCUUCGACCAGUACUACCCCGGGACCAAGUAUGAGAUCGGCGAGGGCCUGUACAUCGGCUGGUCGUCGUCGGUGCUUGCUCUGUGCGGAGGCUCGUGUCUGUUGUGCGCUUGUAAAUCGAACACAACAGACCAGAAGAGGGCGUAUCCAUACCAGCAGUCGUCCCGCGGACAACUGCGCUCUAUCGUGGCCACAUCACAGUCGGCCCCGAGCCACUAUGGACGAAACGCAUACGUGUGAUGGAGCGGCCAAAGAGGAGGUUCACUUCAAGUUGCUGAUCAAACAGCGCCUCAAAUCUUGUAUAUUAACCUGCUAAUGAUUAUGUUUGUGUGAUGCCAACCAACAUAUAGUAGUUAUAUUUUGGGUGAUUUUUUUUAAACACAAAAAAAAACGAAAAAAAAUGCAUUUAUACUAUUUUAUACAAAUGAUACACACUUAUGUUUUUUUUAUACACAAGUAAAGAAUAUUGU